AAAGGUCAAUCGAAACCUAAACUAAAUAUUCAAAGCCUAAAACCCAGAAACUGAAGAGGAAGAGAAGGGCUCCCUUUCUCUUCCAAACCUAGUGUUCGCCACGCUCGGGUCAGCCUUGCGCUUCUCCCCUUCGUUUCUCCUACUCUUCCUCUUUAUACCCUUCCUUGAUAGUGAAUAACAAUACUGAAAUUAACUCUGUUUUCUGUAAAUCUUUUUGGGCUAAUUCAGUUUUGGUUUAUUCUUUACGCAAUUUGGUUAUCCUUCAGUUAAUUUGCUUAUGCAAAACUCUGUUCAACUUUGAGGAGGUUGGUCUGAAGAGCUUGUUUGGGUGAGUAUCGAUGGAUCCGCAGCCAGAACCUGUUACCUAUAUCUGUGGAGACUGUGGACAAGAGAACACAUUGAAGCAUGGAGAUGUGAUACAAUGCCGUGAGUGUGGUUACCGCAUUCUUUACAAGAAGCGAACCCGAAGAAUUGUUCAGUAUGAAGCUCGCUAAAUAUGGAAUUCAAAGAAGGGGGAGGGCAUACGCACUUAUGUCAAUGAGAAACAAUAUCAGAAGUGUUGAUGCAUUGUAUAUGGUUGAUUGUGUUAUGCGGUUCAAGAAGAUUUGAACAUUGUUUUCAAUCAAUGGUUGCCUGGGACCUGAGUGAUGGCUGUUGAUUUAGAACAGCUAGAGUUCAUACUUCUUAUGGUCUGCUUAUGUUGUGUUUUUAAGUGGUUUCAUCUUGUUAUUGUGGACUUAAAUCUUUGUUAAUGUGUUAGCUUGAUGUUAUGCACCUUGUCUUGUUGAUUUGUUAGCUCCAUAAUUUUAAAACAAGGAUUAAACAUGUGUGA